CCAAUAUACCCUGGCGAAUAACGGCCUUGCAUAAUGCAUAUAGUAGCGGAUGGGUUUUGAUUGUGUUGUUGCUCCAAUUCAUGUGAGCCCCAAGCCUGCACUGCAUGACGUAACCCUGCCUAACUCCGCGCUGCUAUUCAAAGUUUGUUCCUCCGAGCCUGAGUCUAUUCCUUAGAUGAUGGCCUGAUUGACUCUGGGUCUGGAAGCACAUUGAAGAGGAGCUGGGACUGCCUGAACAGAUCAAGAUGACCCAAACCUUGUUAUAAUGAAUACCAAUACGUCAUACCUACAUUAGGACGUAUGUCACUAUUGCAUAAAUGUGCAACUCAAGACACAAAUAUAGCUGCAUCUAUAAGAAAUCAUCAUCAUGCACCUAAUGCUCCAAGAAACAAGAAUAUGGCUUUUCCUUGAAGUCAUAUUGCUAGUGCAAUGCUCUUUACUAUCAGGGCUUGGUAUACCCACAUACCAGAAGCUGUCACCAAGGGAGCUGUUCAAGUACCGGUCCUACAAGGAUGUGCAGCUCUUCCACUUCCAAGUUCCUGCACAAAUGGCAUAUGCCAAGUUUGCAUUCAGGGCAAAUGAAACAGACUCACGAUGUGAUCCCAAGAACGUCACCAUAUACCUGCAGCACGGCAGCUACCCGGUGGUGUCGCCACUCGGCGCGCGGUUUCCGGACAAUUUCCACCUGGCGCGUACCUCGCUGACGGGCCUCAGCGCCCGCAGCGACUCCACCUGGCUGCGCUACACGGAAGAGGCGCCGCUCGCCGGCGACUGGUUCGUCGCAGCCUUCACACUCUAUGAUGACACGCGCAUCACGCAAAAGGGCCUGGGGCCCUCCUGUCACACGGUGCUGGAGUCGGAGGCGCGGCUCGAACCGCAGGAGGACGUCAUCACCCUGGUACCGGAGGUCACCGCCCACCAGAGGCUCAUCCUGAUGCACAAAAUCAACGCCACACAGUACUACAGGUUUGUGGUUCCUGAGGGCACGUUUUCGGCCGUGGUGAACGUCUCCAAGUGUGUGGAGGCGGGCGGGGGCGGACCGUGUCCGCUGGCCGUCUCUGCUAGUCCGCUGGCACUGCCCACCGACGGCGGACCGCUCACCAGUUCUGUCAACUGCAGCAGCCUGAGCAGCGACGAUAGCAGCACCGGCAGUGGCAGCGGCGGCGGGGUGUGUCUGCUAACACUGGAUACGGUGCCGAACCGGUGGCACUACGUGAGACUGGAGCUCGAGAACGGGACGGCAGCCCAGUUCGGCAUACAGAUCGUGCUGCAGGACGGCUGUGAGGGCACCCACAAGGAGAAUGAGUACAUGCUGGUGAGCGAGAUGCGAUGCCAGAGUCCGGCACGCACCGCCUUCAUACCGGUACUGUUUGCCGAGGACUCGACGCUCGGAAACGACUCCUGCGACUGGGACAGAGUACCUUUGGGCCGCCAGUCGCUGGCCGGCAGCCUGGCGUUCAUCUAUGACCAGCUGCCGGACCCGGUGACUACCAAGCCUCCCGCGCGGCUGAACAUUACCACCGAGCGGCCCACGUAUAUGACGUUCGAGGUGCAGCCCGUGCAGGACAUCGGCGGCACGCUGACGGUGGCGAUUACACUGCCGACUGGACUGAACACCUCACUGGCCAACGUCUCUGUGACGGGCUGCCUGUCCCACUUUGUUCGCGGUCGGGUGCUGGAGGAUGGCUCGUGCAGCAGCGGCGUUCGGCUGACGGUCAACACGACCACCUUCAGUAGCGGGAGUGGCAGCGACAGCGGGGGGAGGAAGGACAACAUCACCAACCUGCCCUACCCGGAGCCGGGCGACUGGUACCUGACGCUCGCCGUCCGCUGCUACCUCCAACAGGAGUACGGCAGGGAGACGCCUCUGGUUCCGUGCCCAGAGAACCAGACCUCCCUGAUCUUCCACAUCGAGUCGGCGCCGUGUCUGCAGGCGUCGUGCGGCGCCAACGGUGCCUGCUACCAGUACUUCUCCGGCGGCUUCGUCUUCUCCACCUGUGUCUGCUGGGCCGGUAAGCACGGGUACGGCGGCUGGGGGUGCACGGACUCGUCUCGCGCCACGCCCGACUUCCAGCUGCUGCUGGCCACCCUGCUGCUCACCAUCAGCAACGUGCUGUUCGUGCCGGCCGUGCUGCUGGCGCUGCGCAGACGCUACUUCACUGAGGCGUUCGUCUACGCAUUCGCCAUGUUCUUCUCCACGUUCUACCACGCUUGUGACGAGGAGAAGUACGUGUUCUGCCUGAUGCGCCUGAGCGUCAUGCAGUUCUGCGACUUUUACGCCGGCAUUUUCGCGUUCUGGGUGACGCUGGUGUGUAUGGCCGACCUGGCACCCGCCUGGAGCUCGCUGAUGAACGUCGGCGGCGCCAUGCUCGUGGCGCUGGGCGUGGAGUACGACCGCACCGGGCUCUGGGUGUUUGUCGUGCCCGUGGCAACGGCAUUCGUCUGCAUGGUGUCCUCUUGGGUGUACCACUGCCGGCGGCAACGGGCCCUUUACCCGAGCCUGCGCUACCUGCUGCUGGGUCUGCUACCGGGCGCCACGGUGGCCGGCGUCGGCCUCGUCUGCUACGCCCUGCUGGAGACGGAGGAGAACUACAAGUACACCCACUCGGCCUGGCACUGCUGUAUCGCCGUCUCGAUCCUGUUCCUGCUGCCGCCGCGCCGCCCACAGACCGACUCGUACUCGCCGGUCGGCGGCGCGGCGGGCGGCAGCGGCUCGUCCACGGGAAAACUGCUGCGGGUGACGGCCGGCGGCAGCCAGCAGACAGUCAACACCAGCUCUGACAGCGAGCGGGGCGUGGCCGACGGGCACCGCUAGGGGGCGCCACGGCACGCCGAGAGGCCGCCCGCGCCGCUGCUGCUGCUCGGAGACAGCCCUCGUCGCUGCUGCUGCUGAGACUCGGCCCGUGCCGCUAUAGGCGCUAGGAGGCAGCCCUCACCGCUACAGGCACCUGGGAGGCAUCCCUCACCGCUGCUACUACCGGGAGGCAUCAGGCAGCCCUGUCCCAGGACGAUAGACGCACCCACUGCCGCCUAGAGGCAGCCUGCAGCCCCGCCGCUGCGGCCGCUGACAGACAGUUCCUCUCCCAGGGCGCUGAGAUACAGCCUCGUCGUUACCACCGCCGGUUGGCAUGUAGCCGAACUCUCUAGUAAGUAGUACUGCAGACGUUUGGUGAAUUAGGACGCUGUGGAGGUCGGACGAAGUUUGAAAGGGUGUUACCAACAUCCAUGUCUAGGUUUUCGUGGCUUAGCAGAUGGAUGGAUGGAACUCUUUGUAUGUCGUCGGUGCUUCACAGCACAGCUCGUCCUAGUCGUCGAUUGCUCCGAAUUACCCACUGAAUAGCUUGCUUUCUUCGCCUGAUUGUGUUGUACGCUGUAGCUUGUCUAUAGUUUCAUCUACCAUUGGCGAUAGAUCUCAACUGAAGGGAAUGAUGGCCUGUUGGCCUAACAGUGCACUGGUGUGCCAUAUUCAGUCAGGCUCAGUUCCAGCGUUAGAAGACAGGUAGGGAUCAAUUAGAGGCGGACUGUGAUCUGCUAGUAUUUACAGUGCAAGUCCGUGUUUUCUGUGACAUGGAGCUGUAACUGAUUGGUUUAUAGUUUAAUUAGCCCUGGUGAUAGAUGUUAGAUUCGUGUUGCCAGGCGCAGAGCCAGGGAAGGCGCCAUGAGAACAACACGACGGUGAUGCUAGUGGUUAGUGAAGUGGAACCAGCGGAACAAUUUUACCCUUAGGGAGGUAUAUUUGUUUAGAUGUUUUUACAAUCUUGUGGGGUUAUUUUUACAUUUUCUGCUGAAGACCAGACACGUUUUUUUCGGUGAUUACGAUGCCUAUGUAUGUGAUGUCGUCAGUCUUCUUUGUACUCUUGUUGUGUGUCUCGGUACCGUAUUUAAUAUUUGUCCAUACUUCUUGCGUCCAGCUACUUAUCUUUUGUGAUUUAUUGCCAAAUAUUUGUAUUUAUCUUUUUUCUUCUUUUAACCUUAUCUAUCCAAUGUUCCGAAUAGGCACAUACAUGCGUCCAUGCUGCCAGUGUUAUUACUGCGAUGCUCGCCAUUUUAUAUUUUCAUUAACCGCUAGGCGCCACAUGCUAGUCCAUUAUGAAUUGCUACACUGAUCAUGUCAAGAAAAAAGACAUUCGCCGGGUCCUAUCCAAUCAGUCUACCGAUGAUUUAUGCAUAAUCUCAUGACUGGGCUAAUUUCACCGUAAUAGGACGCCCCUCGUGUAUCAUUUUAGCCGGUGUGGGACUGGGAAUGCCUAGUGUGGUGCCAGAUUGGCCGGGGUCACGCCCAAUUUUGGUGCGACUACUACUGUAAUUCACAUUCCCAUUUGUUGAUAGUUUGAUGGAUGUUUGCGAGUCAAAUCCCACAGUUUUGCUAGCGACGCUUCUGUUUUGUGUAGUGAGUUCUGGUGCGCAUAGGGUGCGUUUGCAGGCCCUAUAUUGUGUGCGGAUGCGAAGUGACAGUUUGUGUACAUACAGCGCCAUGAGCGCGACCUUCUCGUCUUUUGAGCGCACAUGGAUGCGAGUGUUCGCGUCGCUGCGAGUUGAGAUGUUGCGCGCGCCGCCCCGCUGCAGUGUGUCUGUGUAGGAAUUUGUGCGCGUUUGUGUGUGUUCGUAUGUCGAGUCCGUGGCCGCCGCUUGGUCGUUGAGGCCGCGGGAGGCAACAGGUGAUUCGGUGCGUGCUCGUGCCCCGCCGAUGUUGGUGGGGUAGGGGACAGGGGUGGGACCGCUGCCACUGUGUCCACUGGCACUGUCGCGUGUCACCCGGGCACCCCGGCCGGCCGGCUGUAGCCGCCGUGAUUGACGAGACACCGUCACGACAGGCUUACCCGGCCGUCUGCUGCUCCCCGGCACCCCGUCACCGUCUGUCUCCUGCGCUGUCCUGGGUUGUCGGGACAGGAGUCUGUGUCUCCGGCGCUGUCCUGGGCUGCCGGAAGAAUAGUUUGUGUCUCCGGCCCUGUCCUGGGCUGUAGUCUGUCUCCGGGCCGGGAGGCGGGAAAAUCGCUCACUAACCGCUCCGGUCCAAACCGUCCCGUUUGGUCUGGGCCCGGCAACAAGGCCUGGAGAUCGAUAGGUAGUCAGGGUCGCACAUAGAAUGAGUGUCAACCAACCGAGGCGAGUUGUGCUGCCGCGGCUCGUUUAGUAACGAUGCCAGCGCUAUUGCCGUGAUGGCAUCGCUCCUUCCAGCAGGGAAUGACUAUGUCGAGCGCUAAUUUGUAUUAUUCUAGGUGUGUUAGUUGUUACUAUGCCAUAGUUUUGUUUAUUGUGGAGGCCUCUGGUAGUUAGGGAGGCUCGGUGAUUGCCAUCGGCAGAAGUUCAGUCCAUCAGUGUACUGUAUUGUUUAUUUUCAGUUGCGGUGUUGUUUGUGUUGUAAGCGUUUUGCUAUGACUGUCAUGUACCGCGUACGAUCAAAGUUCGGUUAUCAGCUGUCCGAAGGAAGACGUAUAGUGAGAGUAGUAUUUUAGAGAGGCGUUCUGUCCAACGAGUGUGCCAACGCCACGUGAAGGGAUAGGGGGGGGGGGAGGGGGCUGGGGCAGCUAUGUCUGAUCGCGCACAGCGGUCCCGCAAGUAUUAGCUGUGUUCCAUGUGAUUCGGUGUUUUGUUGGGAUUCCGGUACCAUCCGUACAACGUACAAUCGUCAUGACUCGUGUCUUGUCGUUCACGGAUGUAGUCGCGUGGCCGCCCUGGUGAUGCCGGUCUGGUUAGAUGUUAGGACAGAGUUUUGAGUUGUAACGCUUCUGAGCAUGUCUGCGAUUAGCAAUGAGCUUUUGACGUAGGUAUCUGAAGCCAGCUGCAUCAUGCAUGUAAUCAGGACGUGAGCAUUUCGCAUGCUUGUAAAUGUCCAUUUUACGUGCAAAAAAUACCCAAUUGUUUGCGAUAAAUUAAUAAUUCACAAUGUUCGUAACAAGAUAAGCGAACGUAAUCGCAAGUUCGUCGAUUCAGCGUGAUGAAACUGCCGCGUGAUUGUCAGACGUACGCAGUCGAAGCCGUAUGGUGUGCGGCCGUCGCAGUGCUCGACUGAUGUGUAGUGCUGCGCGGACAAUAAACGACACGACACGU